UCCCAACUCACCAAUUCACUUACGAUUCUUCCUUCUUCAGCAGUAAAGUAGUACCUUGAGCAGCAAGAAAGGUUCAUGGGAGGCAUCGGUCGGUCGGGGCAAUGGCCUCGACUCGCAGUUUACGCGGUGGCAGUUUGCCUCUUAGCCACCAGCGUAGCUGCCAGUUAUGAUCCUUACUCCCACCAUCCUCCACUGCCGUUUAAGCCCAAGAAGUACCCACCGUACUUCUUCAAGCCCCCGCCCAAGCAUGAAGGCCACCUGCCCUACAAGUAUGCGUCGCCGCCUCCGCCGAAGAAAUCUCCUCCACCCGUUUACUACUACAAGUCGCCGCCUCCCCCGAAGAAGUCUCCUCCGCCGCCUUACUACUACAAGUCCCCGCCUCCGCCGAAGAAGUCUCCUCCACCACAUUACUACUACAAGUCUCCACCACCACCCUCUCCUUCACCACCCCCGCCCUAUGUUUACAAGUCGCCGCCCCCACCAUCACCUUCACCACCUCCUCCCUAUGUUUAUAAAUCGCCACCUCCACCAUCUCCAUCACCGCCUCCUCCAUAUGUUUACAAGUCCCCUCCACCACCUUCACCAUCUCCUCCUCCUCCCUACAUCUACAAAUCACCACCGCCACCCUCACCAUCCCCACCCCCACCAUAUGUCUAUAAGUCACCACCACCACCUUCACCAUCUCCUCCUCCCCCAUACGUUUACAAGUCACCACCUCCACCAUCGCCGUCUCCUCCACCUCCAUACAUGUACAAGUCUCCACCUCCCCCAUCACCUUCACCGCCUCCUCCCUACAUUUACAAGUCUCCUCCUCCACCAUCUCCAUCACCGCCGCCACCUUAUGUUUACAAGUCACCACCACCACCAUCGCCAUCUCCACCACCUCCUUACAUCUACAAGUCACCACCACCUCCAUCACCCUCGCCACCACCUCCAUAUGUCUACAAGUCUCCCCCGCCACCUUCUCCAUCACCGCCACCUCCAUACAUCUAUAAAUCUCCGCCACCACCAUCACCAUCCCCACCGCCUCCAUAUAUCUACAAAUCUCCUCCACCUCCUUCUCCAUCUCCCCCUCCUCCUUACAUCUAUAAGUCUCCACCCCCGCCAUCUCCAUCACCUCCACCUCCCUACAUCUACAAGUCACCACCACCUCCGGUGAAGUCACCACCACCUCCCUACAUUUACAAGUCGCCACCACCUCCGAAGAAGUCACCGCCCCCUCCUUAUGUUUACAAGUCUCCCCCACCACCACCUCCAUCGCCGCCACCUCCUUACAUUUACAAGUCACCACCACCUCCUAAGAAGUCACCCCCUCCUCCCUAUGUCUACAAGUCUCCACCGCCACCUUCUCCGUCCCCGCCACCUCCAUACAUUUAUAAGUCACCACCACCUCCUAAAAAGUCACCACCUCCUCCUUAUGUUUACAAGUCUCCACCUCCGCCUUCCCUAUCGCCGCCUCCUCCGUAUGUCUACAAGUCACCACCGCCACCUAAAAAGUCACCACCGCCACCAUAUGUUUACAAGUCUCCACCUCCGCCUUCCCUAUCGCCACCUCCUCCGUAUGUCUACAAGUCACCACCACCACCUAAAAAGUCACCACCACCACCAUACAUUUACAAGUCCCCACCGCCGCCUUCCCCACCGCCACCUCCUCCGUAUGUCUACAAGUCACCACCACCUCCUAAGAAGUCACCGCCACCUCCCUAUGUUUACAAGUCUCCACCACCACCUUCACCAUCGCCGCCGCCUCCAUAUGUCUACAAGUCACCACCACCUCCUAAGAAGUCACCGCCACCUCCCUAUGUCUACAAGUCCCCGCCGCCACCUUCACCAUCUCCACCACCUCCUUACGUUUAUAAGUCACCACCACCUCCAAAGAAAUCACCGCCUCCUCCCUAUGUGUACAAGUCUCCACCACCGCCAUCUCCCUCACCGCCGCCUCCUUACAUCUACAAGUCGCCGCCACCUCCGAAGAAGUCACCACCUGCACCCUAUGUCUACAAGUCACCGCCGCCUCCGGUUAAGUCACCGCCUCCUCCAGCAUACUACUACAAGUCUCCGCCUCCACCACCACCGAAGAGCUACUACUAAGCUAAUGCCGCCUCUUGAAAUGGUGAACUAAGGAUCAAGAACGCAAUAUCUUUGGUUAAUUAUUUGAUUGGCGCUGUUUUGAGCUUUUCUUUCUCAUUCUUAUUUCAAAUAAUAAUGCAAUUUGUAUUGAAGGUGGUUCUUGUAAAGCUCUGUAAAUCAUUGAUUCAUGUGUUUCGAAUCCUUCGAAUUAUCACGUGGUGUAUACUUCAUUAUCAAUAAAAGCUCUCAAAUUCAUAAGUUC